AUGUACCCAUCCAGCGAUCAGACCCAGCAGAUCACCCUCUGCCUCCUCCCGGUGCGGCAGCCGCCACCGAUCCCCUCUACUCGAGGCCAGCACCAGGGCCGUGCCCGGCUCCCUGCCAACGGCCUCCUGCAGGGCCCCGAAAAGCGGCGCCAGGGCCCCGGGGGGCCCCGAAAAGCGGCGCCAGGGCCCCGGGGGGCCGCAGGCGCUGCAUCUCCAGGGCCCCUCCAACAACUCUUCCCUUACGCUCGCACUGCAGAAGCGGCGGCGCGAGCAGCACGGCAGGCGCGGGCGGAGGACCUGGAGAAAGUGGAUAUUGAGCAUGUGGAGAAAGUGCUGCCGCAGCUGGUACUUGCAGGUGGUAGUUACGGUGCUAGCUCUUUGUCAAAACUGGUGGAAUCAAAAAGGCUAAGCAAAUCAGCGUUUGCCUGA